AUGGGCUACAUCCUUCUCAACGCCAUCGUUUCCUUUCGUCUCGCCAGUCUCAAACAAAACAAACCAAAUUACACCCAACCGCGCCACCACCAGUUUGCAGAGCACUACUGGGACACUACGGGCUUGCAAAGUACUACAGCCACACUGACCAAAACCGCCCCCAAAACGCCCGACGUCACCUUUCAGGGCAGACCGACAACUACCGCUCAUUUAUCCUGUGCUCGGUCCGUGCAACCAGGCAUUCCCAUCAGCAUCUCAUCAACUCCGCCAACUCGCAUCUCGCACUCUCUUUCCUCGACAUACCACGCACCCGAUCAUCGUUUCCGGCAUCAAACAGCUACCGACUCUCUUUUUCCACUCGGCCAGCCUUGCAAUCAGGAUUUUCGUCGACCAAGACAUCUUAGACAUUUUACAUCUCGAAAACAAAAGAGACAACGCCAGCGCUUGCCAGCUUACUCACCACUUCUUUCACCUCGUCCUCUCCCAUUCCACCCAUCCACCCAUCCUUCCAUCUCCCCCAUCUCCCCCUGCGGAGAGGCUUCUUGCUCCUCUCCGCAGCCCUCGACCAUCGACGCGGUGGCCGACUCAACUCCCCACCCCUCCUCUGCCCCCCUGCCCCUUCCCCCUUCCCCUCCCUCCCCAUCCGCCGCAUCGACAGCCACGGUCGCCGGUAACACCGGCUCGACUGCCCCCGACGAGACGCUCCAUUCGCCGCCCUCCGCCACUUCACAGACACCGACGACAACGACAGCGACCCCCAACAUCCCAGCAGACGCCGCCAACGGUUCUGCCAGUCUACUGCCGUCCGCGUCAGCCAGCUCUCGUCGGAGACGGGCGGCUCGCUCCGGUACUGCACGCAUUAAUACCCUCCGCCCUACACGACAGGUGCUCGGGAGGCGUCGGCGCUCUGCUGCGGACGAGGACGAGCAAGACAUUGCGGACGCUCAGGUUGAGACUCCGGCUCAACCUCAGGCUCGGGCAGACGAGGACCAGGACCAGGACCAGGCAGCACGGGACGGAGACGUAGACGCAGGCCCGGGGCAGAACAGCCAACCAGGCGGUGACGAAAACCACGGUGACGUCGCGGGCAACGAGGCCACCGCCAGCAACGGCAACGGCAACGGCAACAGCAACAGACAUCAGCUUCCCGCUCCCCGGCCCAAGCGUGCGCGGAGAGAGAGUGCCAACACCAUGCUUGCCGCCAGCGACGCUGAAUCUCAACUGGCUAGCAUGAACGGCUCAUCUCACCUUCAGAAUGGCAAAGAGAAGGCAACUACGCGGCGAGGUCCCGCAUCCAACGGCCCUUCCCAGAUCACACGACGUCCAGCCACCUACUACGGACACGACCGAGAAGAAAUCACACGCAUCCUGAUCCAGGCCCUGUCCGACUUGGGCUACAACGACGCCGCCGAGAACGUCUCCCACAGCAGCGGUUUCGCCCUCGAAAGCCCGGCGGUGGCCGACUUCCGCCGCGCGGUGCUUGGGGGCGACUGGGACGAGGCCGAACGGCUCUUGCUGGGGGCGACCGUCGAGGGCACAGAACCGUCAGACACAUCAGGUCAGGACGACCAGUCGACCACAUCUCCAGCCAAUGGCCAGACUGCCUCCGGUGCACCAGAAGACGCCACCGGCCUGCUGCUCAUUCCAGGGACAAACCGUGAUCUGAUGCGCUUCGGCAUCCGCCAACAAAAGUACCUCGAGUACCUGGAGCAGUCCGAAACCGGAAAGGCCCUGCUUGUGCUGCGGAACGAGCUGACACCGUUGUAUCGCGACACGCAGAAGCUGCACUUCCUCUCCAGCCUUCUUAUGUGCCAUUCACCUCUGGACUUGAAAACGCGUGCGACUUGGGACGGUGCCUACGGUCAGUCUCGCCCGCAUCUGCUCUCGGAGCUGUCGAGAUUUAUUUCGCCAUCAGUUAUGCUGCCGGAGCAUCGUCUGGCAGUUCUUCUGCGGCAAAUCAAGGACUACCAGGUGUCCGGCUGCGUGUUCCACACAAGCGCAACCUCACCAUCGCUCUACGCUGACCACGAGUGUGAUAAAAGCAACUUCCCCUCACACAUGCUGUACGAGCUGGAUAGCAACUCGGGCGAGGUGUGGCACAUCCGCUUUUCCAACAAUGGCAAGUUCCUUGCCAGCUGCGGGUCCGGCCGCUACGUUAACAUUUACGACAUGUCGUCCUUUAAGCUCAAAAUGCGCCUGGACGGCCAUGCGCAGGGCGUCGGCGACAUUGCCUGGAGCCCCGACGACCGCACACUGCUGUCGUGCGGCCGCGACGGCCGCGCCCGCCUGUGGGACAUGAGCACUGGUCUGUUGAUCCGUCUCUUUGAGCAGUUUGAAGAGCCCAUCAGCUGCUGUGUGUGGGCGAACGACGGCCAAUCCAUCGUGCUGGGCUCCUUUGACAAGGACCGCGCCUUGGUGCAGUGGGGCGUCGGCGGCGAACGCUUGCACACCUGGACUAGGAAGCACCGCACCGAGGCCCUGGCUCUGUCGCCGGACGGUUUCUGGUUGGUGGCCAUGGACCACGAGAAGCGUCUACACGUGUACAACUUUCUGACCAUGGAGCUCGAGUACGACAUGGAGCUCGACAGCCGUGCUUUCUCUAUUGCCAUCAGCCGCGACUCGGAAUACUUGUUGGUGAACCGCCAGGACGGCGCCAUCCACAUGUACAACCUCAGUGCCCGCGGCGAGCCUGUACGCAAGUACCUUGGCGCCACCGGCGGCGACUGCAUUAUCAGAAGCUCUUUUGGCGGUGCCGACGAGAGCUUUGUCAUCAGCGGCAGCGAAGACGGCAACUUAAAUAUAUGGCACAAGAACUUGGGCGUUCACUUGCUCAAACUGGAGGCCCACAAACCCCGGUGCAAUGCGAUCAGCUGGAGCCCGACCGACCCGUGUCUCUUUGCCUCCUGUGGCGACGACAACAAGAUCAAGAUGUAUGCUAAGCACACUGCCCUCGUUCACUCUGAGAGUGUUUAA